CCGAUCGAAGACGACGAAGAAGACGACGAAGAAGACGACGAAGAAGGUGACGAAGAGAGAACGAUAAAGUGGGCGGUUACGAGGAGUCUACUGAAAGGGAGCUUGUUCCAGUGAAUAGGAGAAGGAAAGAGAAUAAGAGAAGUGAAACUCUGCUAGAACGUGCUGGAAGAAGAACAGAACAGCGGUGGGAGACAACGGUCGUGAGGAGGGUCGAAGCAGAAGGGAGAAGAAGAGGAAGAGAAAGAGGAAGAGAAAGAGGAAGAGGAGGAAGAGGAGAAUACGAGGGCGGCCACGAGGGAAAGGGACUUGAACGCAGAGAAGUUUCCGUCUGUCCGAAGUGGAUGGGGGUGAAAAUGUUCCGAGUGUUGCUGGCAUGUGUCUGGCUGGUUGCCGGCAGCCCGUUACAUCCCUGGCCGCUAAUACCCCAAAGAGCCAGUAUCACCAGAGACUCUUACAUCAGACACUAUAGCCCAGCGUGGUACGAUACUGCGGCGCUGAGGGAACAUCGAGCAAGAAGUCGUCGUGACACUUCGGCUUCCAGUCGACCAAAGGACGCAACGUUGAAUCUACGUCUUCGCGCUCUCGACAGAGAGUUUAAGAUGAGACUUAUAAGAGACACAAGCCUUUUCCACGAAGACACAACUUUCGAAGGAUCGAACGACCGAAAUAUUGCCUUCGAUCCUUCCCACACGUACAGCGGCACGUUGGAGGAUGACGAAAAUUCGUUGGUCCAUGGUAUCGUCACUUCGGAAGGACUUUUCGAUGGUACCAUCUUUACAGCUUCCGAUGAGAUUUACAUCGAGCCAGCUAGCAGAUAUUCCUCGUCUUCGGAUUGUCAUCGAUUGUCUUUUGAAAAUGAUAAUCGUUGUGGAAAUAAAUCCGAUGAUCUACGUCAUCAUCAUACGAUCGCUUAUAGCUCCAGAGAUAUCUCCGUUUUACCAACGCAAUCGUGUGCCAGCGAAGAACUUUUUCAUCGAAACGAUCGAAAUCGAUCGAGGAACAGCAACGAGACGGGAAAGAACGGAUAUAUUCUUGCUGGUGGCACAAUGCGACCGUUUUAUCAGCACGUAAACGAGGGAACGGAUCGUGCGAAGCCAGGAUUCUAUCCGAUGGAUGCUAGGAAGAAGGACCCCAUGGCGAGUUCCCAUAAUCUCGAGCUUCUCGACAAAUUGUACAGAGAGAGAUAUUCACGGAUAUUACGGAAAAGAACGUCAAUCGAUCCAAAGAAGACGACUUGCAUGUUGUAUCUCCAAGCGGAUCACACGUUCUUCGAACAUUACAAAUCGGAAGAAGCUUGCAUCGAAGUGAUGACUCGUCACGUUCAACGUGUGAAUUCCAUUUACAGGCAUACAGAUUUUAAUCAGGAUGGACAACCGGACAAUAUCAGCUUUAUGAUAAAACGCGUGAAGGUUCACGGAGAGGAAGCAUUGCACGAUCCAUCCUAUAGAUUUACGGGUGACUACGGAGUCGAGGAAUUCCUCGAGCUAUUUUCCGAAGAAGAUUACGACGCGUUUUGUCUUUCCUACAUGUUUACCUAUCGUGAUUUCGAAAAGGGUACAUUGGGCUUGGCUUGGACAGGUGAUCUCAAGAACGCAGGUGGAGUUUGCGAGAAAAACGGGCAUUAUAGAGGUAGCAUGAAAUCUCUCAACACUGGCAUAAUCACCCUACUCAACUACGGGAAGCACGUACCACCGACGGUUUCUCACGUUACCCUCGCACACGAGAUCGGCCACAAUUUUGGAUCUCCUCAUGAUCCGGACGAGUGCUCACCAGGCGGCGAGGAUGGGAAUUUCAUAAUGUUCGCAAGGGCUACGAGUGGCGACAAGCGGAACAACAAUCGAUUCAGUCCGUGCAGUCUCGUCUCCAUAAACCCAGUCUUAAAUGCCAAGGCUCGUUCAUCAAAAGGAUGUUUCGCUGAGCCUCAGUCGGCCAUUUGCGGAAACGGCGUGGUGGAGGAGGGUGAGGAGUGCGAUUGUGGAUGGGAGGAGGACUGCAAUGAUCCUUGUUGCCACCCUCAACGGCUCCAUCAUGUCCCUCAUGAGAUACCUUGUCGCCUUGCCGAUGGCGCAGUUUGCAGUCCCAGUCAGGGACCAUGCUGCACGUCGGCUUGUACUUUACGCAGCGGGGACAAGUGCAGGGACGACAACGGAUGCAGGAACGCGAGCUUUUGCGACGGCCGAGGUCCCCAGUGUCCGCCAUCCAUCAACAAACCCAACAAGACCAUAUGCAACGAGGAGUUCGUCUGCUACAUGGGGGAAUGCACCGGCAGCAUUUGCCUGGCUUACGGUUUGGAAUCCUGUCAGUGUAUCGCAGGACCGGAGGAUCCACCGACCAAGAGCUGUGAACUCUGCUGUAAAUUACCAGGAGAGGAUCAACCGUGCUUAUCGUCCUUCACUUGGAAUUCAGCUCCCUACGAUAUACCGGACAUGCUUUCAAAACCUGGCACACCUUGCAACGAUUAUAAUGGUUACUGCGACAUUUUUCAAAAAUGCCGAGAGGUUGAUCCGAGCGGACCUUUAGCUACCUUGAGAAGACUCCUUCUGUCUGAUGCAAGUCUCGCUAACUUUCAACGAUGGAUUAUCGAUCGUUGGUUCACAAUCGCCUUGAUAAUUCUCUUUCUGUUAUCCAUAUUGUGCGUGGUUACGAGGCUACUAAGUAAACGGCGAAUUCCACGUAUCAAAAUUCUUCCAACGUCGCAAGAAACUCGAGAGAUCGCAAGAAGGGAAGAAUUUUUGUCAAAGGAUGAUGCAACAUCAAACGUUACUAGGAUACGAUCGAUGAACAUUUCGCACAUCAAAAAGCGUAUAGUCGAGGCUAUGAAAAGCAUCGUCUCGCCGCGUGGUAAGAGGAACGACGAGGAGUCCUUGCGGGCGAGUACCUGUAUCUCCAGGAUUCUAUGUCUUCUAGAAAAGGAUGCUACUCGAGCGGUCGAUCGUUCGGAAAAGCAGAGCUUGAACGAGAUCGAGGAGGUAGAAGGUAAGAGGAGAAGAAGUAGAAGCGAGAAGAAACGAGAGAAAAGGAGAAAAGAAAUGGAAGAGGAAGAGUUGAAGAAAAAAGAAAAUAGAAGAACACUCGUUGUUCCUCGUGUCGAGUGCCAGGAGAAAGGUAGGAAUCUGGGAAGAUGGCGGAGAAUCUCCUUUCUUCUAUCGGGAAGAACUAUUCCCAGCAACUUGACUAUCUCGGAAGAAAAGAUAACGACAAGCUCGUACAACGUUGAAAGCGGAGUUCGUAAAAAUUCGACGAAUUAUCAGAGCGAACCACUAGUAGUGCCGGACACGCCCGAUACGCCGAUCGAUACAGUCGAAGGAAGAAUGCAAACGUCAGAUUUGACGGUACUCUUAUCGGAAAGUUAGUCGUGGUAUAUAUUUUUCUCUUAUUCGACUUCUUUAUUACGUUAUUGAUGAACUGCGAAGUCGGAUAUAAUUUCAAGAGUUUGUAAAUAUUGUAUAUACUUGUCGAAUCGAUUAGUAUAUGUUCGUGUCGAUCGUAGAACAAAGCAUGUAAAAUUCGAAAUAAGGAUGAUGAUGAUGAUAAUGAUAAUGAUGAUGAUCGAAUAAUCUGGAUAUGAAUGAUUCGUAUUUUAAUCGAGUAUAGAAGCGGACCAAUCGUAGAGGAGGUCGUCCCGAAGUUUAGUAUCGGUGUAUGUAUGCGUGUAGAAGAAUGUAUAAGCAAUCUCGAUCAUUAUUGUAAAAAAAAUAAAUCAUAUGCUACAAAUUCAUAUAA